AUGAAGAUGAACAGCACCAACGGGACCAAGCGGGCUCGCCACGACAGCUCCCCGCAGAGGGACGACGGCUACCAGACCCCCGAGAAGCGGGUGAGAGUGUGGUCCCCGGCGGCGGGCGCGGAUUACCGGGAGUGGAGCACGGAGGACGUGUGUCUGUUCCUGGCUGGCCACGGGCUCGGGGAGCUGCAAGCCGCCUUCAGAG